UAUCCUAAAUCCUAAACAAAUUUGAACAUUAAGUAUGUAUCGUAAUGAUGUAUAUGGUUGCUACCCGAGGGAAGAAAUAUUCAUAGCAAUGCCAAUAUUGCACUGUUAUCGCCAUUGUUAUAGUUUUUUACAUAUAAGAUGUCGCGAAAUAGCAAUAACAGUUUCGGGAAAGAUACAUCGGAGAUUUAAAAUUAAUAUACGCGUAUGAAAUGUGACUCGAUUUUUCAAAUCUGAAGAUACUUAAAAACUAUUUGCAUAGUCAUUCGUCACAUGCAAAAAAUUACAUAAUUUUCCUUAUGGACUUGCAACACAGAUAUCGCCAAUAUUUUCCCAGAAUAUGAAAAGAGGAUGGUUCCUGUGGUUUAUGUGUCUCGUAUUCCGUUACUGUUCCGAAAAACGUUGCGAAGCAGAAAUUCCAGUUAUGUAAAAGGAAGAGCUCUGGAAUAAGAAUGAGGAAGUAUACAAGGUUAUUGAUAGCUAUUAUAGUAUUUACAGGUUUCGUUCUGUUGUUUAUUUAUAGGCAGAAAUAUGCUAAAUUUAGUACACUCUUUGAAAUGAUGAACUUUCAGUCUAAGAAUACCAAGUCUAAUUGUGAUACAAAUUUAUCGAAGUUUGAAGCAAUGGCAAAAUAUAAUUUUAGUACUGAGGAAAUGAUAACAAAUAUGCCAUAUUGGACAGAAAUAUUUCCAGGUGUUUAUGCCUAUUCAUCAUAUUGGAUCUCUGGAAAAACGCGAACUUUAAUUUUCUCUAGGGAUGUCUCUUUAAGUGUUUUGGAUAAAAUAGAAUGCAAGCUGUGGCAUGAAAGUGAUAAAAGCAUUGCAGUAAAAUAUACUCAACGUUUCCUUGUAAAGAAAAGGCAGUCAUCAUUAUUUUUAUUCCUAGAAUGUUUACCUUUUCAUGCACAUAAAGCACCUCAUAGUGUUAGUUUUAGGUAUAGAAACAUGACAAUGCCGUUUGAUUUACCAGUUAUUUAUGAAGAUUCAUACACUCGUAGUCAUGGUCUUUAUGCAUUAUGUGUGAAACCUCUGCAACCUGUUUUUAAAGACGUUUACAGAAUUUUAGAAUUUAUUAUGUUUCAUUCUUAUAUUGGAGUAAAAUUUUUUAUAUUUUAUGAUGCAGGCAUGUCACUAAAUGUAAGGAGACUUUUACUAAAUAUUGGUACAAAAACUGAAACAUAUGUGCUGUUUUUAAAAUGGAAUCUCCCGUUUGGACUUCAGGAGGUAUUUUAUGAUUCAGAUAUAUACUUUAUAGACUGCCUUCAUCGUGUAAGUGCUAAAAAUUAUGCAGAUUUAAUUUUAAAACUUGAUAUAGACCAUUUUAUGGUCCCAAAAAUGGAUUAUAAUUUAACUGAGGUCGUUAAGCAUUUUGAUAAUACAGUGAGUGUUAUGAGUGUGGAAGAGAAAAAGUUUUGUUUGGAAUUUCCAAAUGAUGUCAUCGCUUAUAAUCUGAAUAUACCGUUUGUGACAUUAUUAAAAACAAGAGCAUCAAAUGAAGGAGAUGUAAUAUCUCAUGUUAUAUUUGAUGUAACUAAAGUAAAAAAGAGUUUAGAAGAUGAUGAAUUUAGAGUUUGGUAUUUCAAGAAACAUGCACAGAAGACAGAUUUGCUGUCUAAAACAUUAUCUGUUAUACAUUCCUAUGCUAAAUGUGGAUUUAACAAAAGUGAAAUUGUGUUUUCUGUUGACAAAACAAUGUGGAAAUACAAAGAUGUCUUCUACAAAUCUGAGAUUUACCAGUUAGCAAAGAAAAUGUCUUUAAUAUAUGAUUAAAGACUUACAUUUGAUGAAUAUACUGCUGAGUGCCUUUCUGAAGCAAAAGCUUUGUGUUGAAUUUAGAUGUUGUGAUUAUUACACUUUUUAAUCUUUAAAAAUUUAUCCAUGUAUUCAAGUUAAGAAACUGUUGAAAGGGAACUACUCUGACAUGCGCCCUCAAAUCGCCAAAUUUCUCGCCAAACAUUUUUGGCGAGAAACUUCAUGCUGACAUAUUACUAUCUAAAUUUUUUGUCUACAUUUCGAACUUUAAGCCUAAAAUGUUUCCAAAAACGUGGUUUUCGCACAU